UCAGAAUUAUCCAAGCAAAGACUCUAAGUAACAGCUGAAAUGCUGUUUUUUUAUUUUUUUUAUUUUACGAGUGGACACAAUUCUCAUCUGAGUCCUGUUAGUCUUGUUAAAAUAAGUCAGACAGAGAGAGGGGGCUGGGGGAAGUAGGGGCUCUCUAUAAUUUUAAUUUUGUGGUCUGGGACACACCUCAAAAUUACAAACCCCGGCCCCCUACUGUUGGGAUGUCGCCUCUGAGUCUGAAAACUUUCUGCUCCUCUUGGGUUUGUUUGCGAACAUCGAACUGCCAAGAGUUCUGAGCUCCUUGGGGUGGGGAAAGGCACCUGGGCUACCGGCUACUUCAUGCACACUCCCGGCCCUGAGGGGAAGCCAGAACCAGACGCCCCGCACGGGUCUAGCCUUCCACGUCUCCCUCCCGCCUCCGGGCUGUCCUGCGGCCCCGGCUAUCUGCAGCUCACCGCGCCAGGCCCCGGGCCCAGCGUCCCGGACUGGCCCAGAGAAAGCAGAGAAGCAGUGGCCACGUGGCGCUAUGGCGGUCACUACCGGGAAUUAACCACGGCCACACUCUCAGGGCGCCAAGCGCCGGCUCGGGGACACGCCGGCCACCACCUCAGCCGGCUAAGGGGAACCCGAAACCUGCUGGCACCGCGGGAAUCCACUAUGGAGGCGUAAAGGGGGACCCAUUGGGGUCCGCGAGGGGGGGCAGGGGGAGGGGAGCGGAGGGAGGAGCUCCCGGGGAGGGGGCCGCGGAGGGCCGGGGUCCCGGGUCUUGGGGAGAUGGGUUGGCUGGGAGACCCGGGUCCGCGGCUGUGCAGGGCGGGGUUCCCGGAGGGGGCGGGGCUCUGGGCGGCGCGGGGCGGGGCGGGGGCGGGCACAGCGCGGGGCGGGGCGCGGGCCGGGAGCGGCAGGCGGGCCGGGCAUGGCGUCCAUGGCGGCGGCUAUCGCGGCCUCGCGCUCGGCGGUCAUGAGCGGGAACCGGCCUCUUGACGACCGGGAGCGAAAGCGCUUCACUUACUUCUCGUCGCUGAGCCCCAUGGCCAGGAAGAUCAUGCAGGACAAGGAGAAGAUCCGCGAGAAGUACGGGCCCGAGUGGGCGCGGCUGCCGCCCGCGCAGCAGGACGAGAUCAUCGACCGGUGCCUGGUGGGGCCGCGCGCUCCGGCGCCCCGAGACCCCGGGGACUCGGAGGAGCUCACGCGCUUCCCCGGCCUGCGCGGGCCCACGGGCCAGAAGGUGGUGCGCUUCGGGGACGAGGAUCUAACUUGGCAAGAUGAGCACUCUGCCCCUUUCUCCUGGGAAACAAGGAGUCAGAUGGAGUUCAGUAUCUCCGCCCUAUCCAUCCAGGAGCCGAGCAACGGCACCACCGCCAGCGAGCCCAGACCCCUGUCCAAAGCUUCCCAGGGCUCCCAGGCCCUCAAGUCCUCCCAAGGCAGCAGGUCCUCCAGCCUGGACGCCCUGGGCCCCACCAGGAAGGAGGAGGAAGCAUCCUUCUGGAAGAUCAAUGCCGAGAGGUCCCGAGGGGAGGGGCCUGAGGCCGAGUUCCAGUCGCUGACCCCUAGCCAGAUCAAGUCCAUGGAGAAGGGGGAGAAGGUCUUGCCUCCCUGCUCCCGGCAGGAACCUGCCCCGAAGGACAGGGAGGCCAAGAUGGAAAGGCCCAGCACCCUCCGUCAGGAGCAGCGUCCCCUUCCCAACGUGAGCACCGAACGCGAGAGAGCCCAGCCCGUCCAGGCCUUCGGCAGCACGCUGCAGGAGGCCGCCCCCUCCCAGCUCGAGGGGAAGCUGCCGUCUCCUGACAUCAGGCAGGACGACGGGGAAGACACCCUGUUCUUGGAACCCAAGUUUGCACAGGUCAGCUCAAGUAAUGUCGUCUUGAAGACGGGAUUUGAUUUUCUGGACAAUUGGUAAAAUGUAUUAGAAAAAUGCAAUGAAGAACCCUAAAAUGUUUUCCAAAGUGGUGUGGUGGAGGAGGAUAAAAAGGGCCACCUUUUCCUAUGUAUUUUCCUGGUUUCUUGACACUCUUUUCUUAAUCAUUUGGAAACUGGUCAAUAUUGCAGAUUUUUUCUUUUUUGGUAGAACCAGAUAUAGAUGCUAUUUUCAGUGAUUUGAUAACAGAAGUUUUACAUUUGGAAUUUUUAAGGUCUGUUAAUAAUUCAGGAGAUCUUGUAAAUAAAACUUCUGUUCCCAGCUCCACCCAAUUUUCCCCCUCCUCAAAGGAUGUAUUUCCACCAAGUCACAAAAAUCGUAAAAGUGAUUUCCAUCUCCCUCUCCAUUAUUUCCCCUCCCCCCUCCCCUUUUUAACAUAUGGGUUCCUUUUGAGGGGUGAUUGAGGGUCAUGUUAUCAGCCAUGACAUCAGCGUGCUGGCCGUGACCCCGGAAAGAUUGGCCCCCAGAGACCUUCUUAGCCAGCGCUCGCAGCUGUCCGGGACUUCUCUGGCGGAAGCCACGUCUCUCACAUCAUGUGCCACCCUCCACUUUCACGCCAUUUCCAGGGAACAGACUGUGGGUAUGUGGCAGCGUAGUCUUCAAGCUGCCCUGAUACGUAUUCAGAGUAUGGAUCGUUGUUUUUAAAAAGAGUUGCAUGUUUAAAGAGUUUUGUAUUAACUUUUCAUUAUUUUGUAUCUAGAUGAUCAGCAGUGGGGCUACCACUUUCUUUGGUUUUGUAUCCGUUUCCUCUUGGAAGUUCUUGUUGCUUAUGUGACCUGUUGGUUGUUCCCUGGACUGGGCACCUGCAGGAGUCAGGGCAGAUGGCAGGCGUGGCUGGAGGACAGGGCUCUUCUGCUUAGUUGUGUUCAAGUCUUCCAGCGUGGGACUGGUAGGAGCAGUGGGCAUUCUUUUUCUAAGGGCUAGCCAGGCUGCAUCAUGUCGGACCUUCCCCAGCCCUGACCACCACCGGAAGCAGAAGAGUGGAGUUCGCGAUCACCUCAGCAGCACCCGUGGAGACCUGCGUGGUGUCAUAGCAGCAGUAUCUCUUGGAGCUGGUGCAGACGCCGAGGCUGCCCAGUGGUACAAGGUGGCCCACCUCCCCUAGGGAAGCUGCUGCACUCACAGGCUGCCCUGCCCCGUGGCCCUGGAGCUGUGUGACCUGCAGGAGGCAUCCAAGCAGAGCCUCAAGCCCGGUAUGGCGCCAUCUCCACGUCGCCAUCACUGCGUUCUCACCUGAAGCCUUAAUCUCGGCGACCCCGGCCAGUGAGCGCUUGGUUUCAAUACCAAAGUGUGUGUUUUUUUUUUUAAAUGUGUGUUUCAUAGGACCUUCUGAAAUGAUUUCCAGAAUAUUUUAUCUGGCUCCAAAAUAAAGCACAUCGCAACUCACCUCAA